AUGGACGCCGACGCCGACGCCGACGACGAAGUCGUCAUCGACGCGCCACCCUUCAUUCGCGUCUACAAGAGCGGCCGGAUCGAGCGUCUUGUCGGCACCGAGGUUCUCCCCGCCGGACUCGACCCUGCCACUGGCGUCGCCUCCAAAGACGUCCUGGUCGACCCCGCUACCAACCUGACGGCGCGGCUCUACCUGCCUGACCUGUCCGGCAGCCCCCCCGACAAGAAGAUCCCCGUCCUCGUCUACUACCACGGCGGCGGCUUCGUCAUCGAGACCGCCUUCUCCCCGACGUACCACAACUACCUCAACUCUCUCGUGGCCGCGGCCGGCGUGGUGGCCGUGUCGGUUGACUACCGGCGCGCGCCGGAACACCCCCUCCCGGCCGCGUACGACGAUUCGUGGGCGGCGCUCCGGUGGGUGGCGUCGCGGCCGACGGAGGAGACGUGGCUUUCGGAGCGUGGGGAUCUUGGGCGCGUGUUCUUGGCCGGGGACAGCGCGGGCGCCAACAUUGUGCACCAGAUGGCCCUGCGAGCGGCGGAAGAUGGCCUGGGCGGCGGAGACACCGAGAUCAGAGGGCUACUGCUGGUCCACCCGUUCUUCUGUGGGGCGGAGCCGCUGGAGUCGGAGAGCUGGGAUCCCAAGGCGAGGGAGUGGGUGGAGCGCUUGUGGGCGUUCGUGCGCCCGGGGACAACCGGGCUGGACGACCCGUGGAUCGACCCGCUGACGGAGGGGGCGCCGAGCUUGGCGGCCCUGCCGUGCCGGCGCGUGCUGGUGACGGUGGCGGAGAAGGACAUGCUGCGGAAGAAAGGGCGUGAGUACCAGGAGGCACUGAAGCGGAGCGGGUGGGAGGGGGAGGCCGAGCUGCUGGAGACGGUGGGAGAGAACCAUGUCUUCCAUCUCAUUGACCCCAAGAGCGACAAGGCGUUGGCCAAGCUGCAGGCGGUGGCCGCCUUCCUCAACUCCUGAGCACAUCAAAUGAUGGAUGAUGGCCAUCUCUUGGGGAGAUUCCUUCAAGAAGUCCAUAUGGUGGCCAUGAAAUGAGAUCUUUGUGUCUGAUCCUUCUAAAACCAAGCAAUGAAGACUUCGUUGUGUGGUCAGUCAUAUCUGCCGGUCAACAGUUGCUUUCAUUUAGCUGAGAUGAUCUCUGUACAUUUCUAAGGAUAAAUGGUUUGAUAUGAGGAUUUUAUGA